CUGUCCAAGCAAGUAGCAUAUAUUAAUGAUUGGUACCAUGAUUCGUCCUAUAAAAUGUCAUUCUAGACUCUCACCGAAUAAGAAAACAACGUGGUGGGCUAUCCACGCCCACUGCCGUCUCGUUUUUGAUUAUUUUUUGUAGUGGCUGUAAAUCAGUGCAUGUAUGUUGCCAUUAUUUUAUCAGCCGUGUAAACGUCGGUUCAUAGUAACCUAUUGCUUUAUAAUUGGGAUGUAAAAAACGAUUUCAUGUGGAUUAUGCUUUUGUUCAAUGUAGGACUAAAUCCGGCAGAUCCUGACAAUAACCGGUGGCUACAUAGCUAGCGGAUAUAACGUUAACUAAACUAGCCAAGUUAGCUAGCUAGAUGCGUUAGCUGGGAGCCAGGGAAGUGCGUCUGUUGAAGAGCUUGCUAGCAAAUCGUAUUUCCACAAGGAUUCAACAGAAGUUUGGAGUUGGAGUCUACUAAUACGGAGCUGGCAACAUCACUCAAGUUAGCUAGCAGGCAGCCAAGUCUGACAAGAUGUCAGAGGGAGAAGGGAAGCAGGCGUCGGACCCUGUCCAGGAGGGGAAAGCAGAGUCUGUGGUCUCUGCCUCCACCGAGCAGAGUGUGUCCCCUCCAGUAUCAACUGUGACACACCCCCCUGCCACAACGGCGACAGAGGAUGAGGAGAGCGAAGACGAGUCUGAGAUUCUGGAGGAGAGCCCAUGCGGACGCUGGCAGAAACGGAGAGAGGAGGUGAACCAGCGCAAUGUCCCUGGAAUUGACAACGCCUACUUGGCCAUGGACACAGAGGAGGGUGUGGAGGUGGUGUGGAAUGAAGUCAUGUUCUCCGAGAGGAAGAACUUCAAACUGCAGGAGGAGAAAGUCAAAGCGGUGUUUGACAACUUGAUCCAGUUGGAGCACUUGAACAUUGUCAAGUUUCACAAGUACUGGGCCGACGUGAAGGAAAAUAGGGCCAGGGUCAUUUUCAUCACAGAAUACAUGUCUUCGGGAAGCCUGAAGCAGUUUCUGAAAAAGACCAAGAAAAACCACAAGACGAUGAAUGAAAAAGCCUGGAAGCGCUGGUGUACACAGAUACUGUCUGCUCUCAGUUACCUGCACUCCUGUGACCCUCCCAUCAUCCACGGCAACCUGACCUGUGAUACCAUCUUCAUCCAGCACAAUGGCCUCAUCAAGAUUGGCUCAGUGGCCCCAGACACCAUCAACAACCACGUGAAGACCUGUCGGGAGGAGCAGAAGAGCCUGCACUUCUUUGCUCCCGAGUAUGGAGCUGUUGUAGACGUCACCACUGCCGUGGAUAUUUAUUCCUUUGGAAUGUGCGCCUUAGAGAUGGCUGUCCUGGAGAUCCAGAGUAACGGCGAGUCAUCGUACGUGUCCCAAGAAGCCAUCAACAGUGCCAUUCAGUCCCUGGAGGACCCGCUGCAGAGGGAGUUCAUCCAGAAGUGUCUGGAGCAGGACCCCAAUAAGCGCCCCACGGCCAAAGAGCUGCUGUUCCACCAGGCCCUGUUCGAGGUGCCCUUGCUGAAGCUGCUGUCAGCACACUGCAUCGUAAGCCACCAGUACAUGAUUCCAGAAAAUGCUCUCGAGGAGAUGACGAAGAACAUGGACCCCAACCUGGUGAUUGUGGAGUGCAAGGACGGCGUUCAGAUGAAGCUUUCCCAGUUCCCUGCCCUUGAGCUGGACAAGUUCCUGGAAGAUGUGAGGAAUGGUAUCUACCCUCUGACAGCGUUUGGGGUGCCCGGCCCCAAGCAGCCGGAGCAGGAAGCAGUGAAGUCCCCCAUAGUACCCCCCUCAGUCAAAACCCCCACCCCUGAGCCUGCAGAGCUGGAGACCAGGAAGGUCCUACAGAUGCAGUGCAACAUUGAGCCUGUUGACGAGGGGGCCAAACAUCACCUUACACUAUUGCUGAAACUUGAGGAUAAGUUGAAUAGGCACUUAAGUUGCGAUUUGUUACCAAAUGAGAACGUGCAGGAGCUGGCCGUGGAGCUCGUUCAGCUGGGAUUCGUCAGCGAGGGUGACCAGCCACGACUCGCUUCGGUUCUGGAAGAGGCCUUCUCCACGUUCUACAACCGGAACGGCUUCCUGAAUCCGGUAACCGUCUCCUCAUAACAGAGGAGCCUCAUCCCCCUCUCCUCUCCCUUCGCCUCCCUCAUCCCUCCCUCGUCCUAUCCGACAGGACUUCACUGACGCUCACCCCAAAGGAUUGUGGGAAAGCUUUGCCUGCUCCCCCCCAAAAAACAACUUCCCGCAGCCUCUCUUCACACCUUAUGGUGGAAAUAGCUGCCACUAGGUGGUUUUGUCUUUUUGUACUUAUACUUAUCUGCUUCUCUGUUUUAAAAGAAGAAAAAAACAACUUGGUUGUCACUUAAGUAUUACGAGCUGUAUUUUGAAAGUUAACGCAAAACUGUACGUUUUCAGUCGGUAUGCCAUCAAAAAUAUCUUCUGUCUCGCUUACUCCGGUCUACAUAUACUGUACAUGGUGCUGUAUGUAGGACGAAUGUGGCCUCUUCCUCCGGUAUUGAUUGGACAUGGCUCUUUAAUGCAUCAGAAGAUGCGAGUGUCAAGCGUUUUUUUCCCCUUACGCUUUCUUUUGUAUUAUCAGAAUAUGUAACUGUGGCUGUAGUUAUGACACAUUUACCCAAUCGACCUGUGCUCAGGUGGUGAGAGGGAGAGACGAUUGCAGUCUGAAUGUUGUGACUAUAAUACGAGUUUUAUUUAUCAGUACGGUCUAUCAUGAGUGUGUAUUUCACUUUCAGCACGAAGCGGUUUGGUUCUUUUUAGUGAAUGUUUAGUUGAUUCGAAUCUUCAUAAGCUGUUGCAUACCCAGCAGCUAGUAUUCCUUGGGUCCACAUACACAUUUUGUUGCUUUAUCACUUCCAAUCAUUCUAAGAAAGUGAACUUUGUCACUCGACUGUCGUCUGUUUCUUGCUGUAAUGUUUUAUUUAGCAAAUGGUGGGAAGUAGUGGUACAUUUUCAUCAUGUUUUGUUGCCAUUUCACACACAAUGAAACAGUAUCCGUGUAAGGACCUCUGGUUUACACUUUAAGACUAUUGGCUUAUCAAACAAAAACCUCAAUAGUCUACAUUCCUUAACAAAUGUAUUGACUCAUAACGUGUAGUGAAUACAUGCAUGCACUCUGUAUACCUUCAACUAAACUGGCUGCAAAAGUGAAAUUAUAUCACUCCCUAAUUGCAUUCCUAUCACAUCACCCCAUUAUACAGAAACUAAAACGACAAAGAUGGUGUGGCGGAAGGCUAGUAUGUUAUCUUAUUGUCAUAACAUAUAUCAGUGUCGGAGUUACGGGACUUUGUCUCAUUGAUGCUCUACUCUGCUGAAAGCACACAUUCUGCUUGAAAUCAUAGCUGCCACAGAAUAGGCUUAGAAGUCACCAAACGCGUAUCUGUCCAGAAAGCUAACUUGCUGCUAGUUUACACUACUGUAUUGUUUUUGUUGUUUUAACUAAACUUUUCAAUGCUGUAGCUACUACGGCUUCUGUAUGAUUUAGACCAGCAACGGACAGAUUUGCGUGUGUUAGGGGAGGGGUGUGGGUCUGGUAAGCGGUCGUAGAAUGUUCCAGUAAGUGGUGGGUUGCAGGAAUCAGUCUAUCAUCAAUGUGUCUGUAUUCCUUUACAGGAAUAAGGUUGUCUGAUACAUGGGUUGGUAUCCAUCUUGUAUAGUGUACGUCAUGCUGGACAUAAUGCUGUAUCCACUUCUGCAAAACCUUUCUCCUCUUUUUUAAUUCCCCUUCCUGAAAUAAACAUGACACCUAGCACUUCAA